CGCUUUGGCGCGCCUCCAUCACUUCCGCUCUCUCUGGAAGAAGCCGGACAAGGCUUUGACGCACGCCGUCAAUUGUGCUCACAAAAUUGCAAAUGUGGAUCUAAAAGACACGAAGGGAAUUCACAAACGAGAGAUCUAACGUUUCCAGCAGAUAACAGUGCUAGCAGCCGUCAGUUAUGUCGCGUUUUUUCGCCACCGGAUCCGACAGUGAGUCGGAGGAGUCCUCGUCCGCGGAUGAAAUCACCCCCAAAGCGACCGGGACUACUUUCAAUAAGCCGGCCCUGUUGCUGAGUGAUGAUGAGGAGGACACAAAGAGAGUGGUACGCAGUGCCAAGGACAAGAGGUUUGAGGAGCUCACCAACAUCAUCAAGACAAUCCGCAAUGCCAUGAAGAUCCGAGACAUGUCCAAAUGUCUGGAGGAGUUUGAGCAGCUGUAUCGAGCGUUCCUCAAAAGCAAAACCAUCGUGGACAAAGAGGGUGUGCCGCAGUUCUACAUCCGCCUGCUCGCUGAUCUGGAGGACUAUCUCAACCAGCUAUGGGAGGACAAGGAGGGGAAAAAGAAGAUGAACAAAAACAAUGCCAAAGCCUUGAGCACACUUCGGCAGAAGAUCCGCAAAUACAACAAAGAUUUUGAAACGGAGAUUGCCAGCUAUAAAGAGAACCCUGAGCAGUCAGCUGAAGAAGAGGAGAAGGAUGACAUUGGCAGUGCAUCGUCGAAGAGUGAUGAUGAUGAUGAUGAAGGCAUCACUGCCAAGAGCUUAAUGAAGAAGAAACCUCAAGAAGAGGAGAAGAAGGCACCAGAGGCCAGCAAGUUCCUCAAAGGCGCUGCUGAUGAGGAGUCUGAGAGUGAUGAUGAUGAGGACAGUGAGGACUGGGGCUCUGAUUCUGUGGACAGCGGCGGUGAAAGCGAGGACAACGAAGGAGCGGCAGCAUCGCUGGCUGUGGUCUUCCUCAAGAAAGCUCAAGACGGCGACAAGCAGCACGAACCCAAGAAGGACGGUAGGAGAAAGAGGCACAAGAAGAUUGAGCAGGUGGAGGAGGAGGUCGAUGAAGAUGGAGAAGCAGAGGAAGGAGGAUGGGAGAAGGUAAAGGGUGGCGUGCCGCUGGUGAAGGAGAAGCCCAAGAUGUUCGCCAAAGGCACAGAGAUCAACAGCGCUGUGGUGAUCAAGAAGCUCACUGAGAUCCUGCAGGCCAGAGGAAAGAAAGGAACCGACAGAGCUGCUCAGAUCGAGCUCCUUCACGCUCUAUCUGGCAUCUCUAAUGAGAAUAACCUGGGCCAAGGCAUCCUCGUCAAGAUUAAGUUCAACAUCAUCGCCUCCCUGUACGACUACAACACCAACCUGGCCGCCUUCAUGAAGCCGGAGAUGUGGAAGAAGUGUCUGGAAUGCAUCGAUGAGCUGCUGGACAUUCUGUUUGAAAACAACAACAUCUUUAUUGGAGAAAACAUCGCCGAGGACAGCGAGAACCUGGCCAUCUCUGACCAGCCGUUCCGUGUGCGUGGCUGUAUUCUGACUCUGGUGGAGAGGAUGGAUGAAGAGUUCACCAAAAUCAUGCAGAACACAGACCCUCACUCUCAGGAGUAUGUAGAUAACCUGAAGGACGAGGGUCGUGUGUGUGGCAUCAUCGACCGUCUGCUGCAGUAUCUGGAGUCUAAAGGCAGCACGGAGGAAGUGUGCCGCAUCUACCUGCGCAGAAUAAUGCACACGUACUACAAGUUUGACUACAAAGCCCACCGCCGCAGCCUGGGCCUACAGGGAGAGACCAAGUCCGAGCAGGAUCAGGAGGAGAGCGAGGGAGAGGACAGUGCCAUCAUCAUGGACCGCUUGUGCAAGUUUAUCUACGCCAAAGACCGCACAGACCGUAUCCGCACCUGCGCAAUCCUCUGCCACAUUUACCAUCAUGCCCUGCACAGCCGCUGGUACCAGGCCAGAGACCUCAUGCUCAUGAGCCACCUGCAAGACAACAUCCAGCACGCCGACCCUCCUGUCCAGAUCCUGUACAACAGGACCAUGGUGCAGCUGGGCAUCUGUGCUUUCCGCCAGGGCAUGAUCAAAGACGCCCACAACGCCCUUCUGGACAUCCAGUCCAGCGGCAGAGCCAAGGAGCUGCUGGGACAGGGGCUCCUCAUGAGGAACAUGCAGGAGAGAAACGCUGAGCAGGAGAAGAUCGAGAAGAGGCGACAGGUGCCAUUCCACAUGCAUAUUAACCUGGAGCUCCUGGAGUGCGUGUACCUGGUGUCAGCCAUGCUGCUGGAGAUCCCUUACAUGGCGGCCCACGAGUUUGACGCCCGUCGCAGGAUGAUCAGCAAACAGUUCCACCACCAGCUGAGGGUGGGCGAGAGACAGCCACUGCUGGGUCCUCCUGAGAGCAUGAGGGAGCACGUUGUGGCGGCCAGCAAGGCCAUGAAGAUGGGCGACUGGAGAACCUGCCAUUCCUUCAUCAUCAAUGAGAAGAUGAACAGCAAAGUGUGGGAUCUGUUCCCAGAAACCCAGUGUGUGCGGGAAAUGCUCGUCAGGAAGAUCCAGGAGGAGUCGCUGCGCACUUACCUUUUCACCUACAGCAGCGUGUAUGACUCGAUCAGCAUGGAGACUCUGUCAGAGAUGUUUGAGUUGGAGUUACCCACAGUGCACAGCAUUAUCAGCAAGAUGAUCAUCAAUGAAGAACUCAUGGCAUCUCUAGACCAGCCGACUCAGACAGUGGUGAUGCACAGGACGGAGCCCACAUCCCUGCAGAACAUGGCCCUGCAGCUGGCCGAGAAACUGGGCGGCUUGGUAGAGAACAACGAACGUGUCUUCGACCUCAAACAGGGCGUCUAUGGAGGAUAUUUCAACAGAGAUCAAAAAGGAGGUUACCAGCAGAAGCAGAACUACCAGAGAGCUCCAGACCAGAGGGGAGGUUACUACCAGAAGCAAGGUUACCAACGAGAUCAGAAAGGCGGUUACCAGCAGAAACAGAACUACCAGCGAGGAGGAUACAGGAACCAGAACCAGAGCUCAUACUGAUCCCAGUGCGGCUUGUUCACACACAGCUUCAUUCCAGAACCAGACUGCAGGUUCCUCUGCGUUGCUCUCCACCCACCAACUCCAGAUUUGUUGCAAUACGUCAGCUUUACCCUCAGUUUUGCAGUGCUGUAGUUUGCUGAUAACACCAAAUCAUAAAAGCUCAAUUAUAUUGUUAACAAAAAAAAAGGCACCACAAUUAGCUUGUUUUUCCUGUAACUUCAGAGCUUGAGUUUAGUGUCGAUGGUUCUGAAGUAGCAGUUUUAGAGAUGAUAUAGUAGGCUUGGAAGAAAUAUCAAGUUAUCUGUGUUACAAUCUGGUGAAUUAAUAAAGAUUAUUCAGUCAAAAUGAA